AUGGCGGACUUUGAUGAGAUCUACGAGGAGGAGGAGGACGGACGGGCGCUGGAGGAGCAGCUCCUCAAGUACUCCCGACCGGUGGGUGUGCGCGGCUCCGGCCAUGUCACCGUGUUUGGACUAAGCAACAAAUUUGAAGCAGAAUUUCCUUCAUCUUUAACUGGAAAGGUUGCACCUGAAGAAUUUAAAGCCAGCAUCAGUAGAGUUAACAGUUGUCUUAAGAAGAAUCUUCCAGUUAAUGUACGAUGGCUACUAUGUGGAUGCCUUUGCUGCUGCUGCACUUUAGGUUGUAGUAUGUGGCCAGUUAUCUGCCUCAGUAAAAGAACACGAAGAUCGAUUGAGAAGUUAUUAGAAUGGGAAAACAAUAGGUUAUACCACAAGCUGUGCUUGCAUUGGAGACUAAGCAAAAGGAAAUGUGAAACGAAUAACAUGAUGGAAUAUGUCAUCCUUAUAGAAUUUUUACCAAAGACACCAAUUUUUCGACCAGAUUAGCAUUUGAUUUAUUUAUAGAGACUUAUUCAAGUAUGUUGUCUUUCCAAUGGUGCCUUGCUUGGUGCUCUCCUGGUAGUGACAUAGCAUUGGUUCUACAGAGUCUUGUGGUGUUUUCAUUCUUUUUUUUUUGUUUCAUUGGUUGUUUUUUUGGUUUUGUUUUUUUUAUAAGAACAUGUUCUAAGUGCAUUUAGUCAAACUCUGCUGAUUUCACACAGGUGUUAAUUACUACUUAAGUUAUUUUUACUUUUGCUACUUCUGUUUAUUAACGUAUCUUGAUUUUCAAAGAGUCUUUUAUAUGUGUGCGCGCGCGUGUGUACAUAUAUAUAUAUUACCAUAAAUACACAGCUGAAAAUUAUAUACAAGUGAACAGGUAUUUUUUUAUCCCAAUAUGACACAACUGAUUGACUGUACAUUGUGUAGGUCCUUUGAGUUAUUCAUUUACAUGCUGAAGUUCCUUCUAAGAUAUUCCUAAACUUCUGUCAGUGACUAGUCAAUUGUAAAUAUUUUUAUUUCUUCUUGGGAUAUUGACUAGUCUCUUCCAGCGAAAGGAGAUAAAGUUCUUUUUGAAACUGGUUUUUGGAACCCAAAUGCCAUUGCAUUAGUAGAAAUCUCUGUGCUUUUCAUGAAGAAGUCCUGUCAGCUGGUUCUGAAAAAGUUCGGCUUUGAAAGUUAAAAAGAAGCAGCAAAAUGGAAUUAUUUUGCUUGGAUUAGAAGACUCACUGAGAGAAUUGCAUGCAUCUGGUUAGUAGAACUCAAGAUCACAAAGAUAUAUUAGUAUUGCAUUUUAUACUGUACGUGUUUUAAUUCAGUCUAAUGCCAUGUAUCAGCUUUAUUCCUACUGUUUACCAGAACCUGUACACAGGGGUGCAGAAGGACUUGUUUUACUAAAACUUAUUGUCCAAGAGGACCUUUCAGGGUUUUUUUCGUUUAUUUUAAAACUACAUAAGCAGAAAAAGUUAUUGAAGUAUUCUUGAACAGUAGAGUUCCAGAUGCAAAGGCCAUUUAAUAAUCAAAGCAGGGUACACUGGGCAACAGCGGGAUUUUAAAUGUGUUAGACAGUUAUUUAUUACACCCUUUUCUUUUGCUCAUUUUGGUUUACAAAGCUUAUUUUCUGUGCAAGUAUAAGACUUUUUUUAACUGGAUAUAUGAUGUAUGCUUGGGUCAGGCUGGUUGUGUUUUGUUUCUUAUGCUUAUACUUUAGUUGUUCAUAUCUUCACAAAAGGUUUUGGUUUUUUUAAUUGCAACUCUCGUAUUUCAGAAUUUGCUCUAGAUACAUAAAAUUACUGUACAUGAACGCUGAUGUAAGUUAAGAACAUGUUCCUUGUACAGUUGUGGUAGCAAGCAAUAAUGUGAAUAUAUGAAAAAACAGAUAUACUCUGCUUAAUAUUUGUAUGAAUGAAAAGUUGAUACCACUACAAGAAUAGUCUUCUCUUUUUAAUCUUUUAAAUACAGGUACCUUGAUGCUGUGAACUAUUUUUCUAUGUCUUCAAGAUAUUUAUUCUCUGUAAAAUAUUCUCUAGUGAGUAUUAUAUUCCUGAAUUGUUCAUAGUAGGAGUGGUCUAGAAAGUUUUAAGUUUUCUUAAAUCUAAGCCUUCUGUAUCUGUUCCCAAAACUCGUCCUUUGCUCAGCUUUCAUCUGUGGAUUCCUGCUGUUCACUUUGAAAAUAGCUCAGCUAUGCUUUUCAUACGAGCCUACAAGUGUGUUUCUUUGACAUGACAGAACAUGAUUUUUAAUUAACAAAUCCCAAUUUCGUGCUUCCUCGGUCUUCUGGGUGCCACAAUGGUCUCUCUCCAAAGUAAAUGUUUAUAAUUUUCUAAAAAUCAAUUUCAACCUGUUCUUUAAUACGAAUCUGGGUCUGCAACGCUUCUCCUCUUGCCCAGAAGUAUUAAUUAUAACCUCAAACUAGUUUUUAGCCUGUAAGGGAGGCCAGAAACAUAACAUUGAUGGCAGCUGAGACUGGGGAGAUUGGAGGUCCAGAGGAGAGGUUGAAAUGGAACAGAGGUCAUAACUGGUGAUAAAUUCUGAUGACCAGAAAUAUAUAUUGAUUUCUUUAAGUGUCGAUUUUCAAUAAAAUGAAUAUUGAAUCAUAUGAAGUCUAGAUUUUAUCAAGAUUUUCAGUUGACUGUACAGAUAAUUUGUGUCAUGGAUGCAGUUUUCCACUGGUGUGGAAACCUAUCCUUCCACAUAGUGUGAAGGGAUAGGUUGGAUAGGGCUUGUGAUACGUUAAUAGUAGCGCCACAUUCAAUGUGAGCUGUUUGCCUUAGUUUACUACCCAAACUUUCCAUGCUACAUUCUGUGGCACCACAGAUACCUUGCCAGCAGCACCCAAACCCACUGACAGUAAAGCUGCUUUAGGCACAACAAGUGCUGAAACCAGAGCAGUGAAUAGAGUGUGGCAUAUGAGUUUACAAAGAGUAUCUCAUUAGUAAAGCUUCCACAUAAGUGGUAGUGCUGGUUAAGUUCUUACCUACUUUUAGGUGCAUCAGCAGUCAUGGGCUUGGUUAGCAGGCAUUUCUGUGUUUUAACUAUGACUUUCUCUUAAAGAACUCUAGUACAGAGGUCCAGAGUAGAGCUCGGAGCAAUUAAAAAGUUAAAUCCCUUAGUAAGGAGGCCAGACUAAUUCCCUCUAAAAGUAUUUCCGAUAUUGUAUUAAAACAUUGACUCUGACCUAAAAUACAAUCAGGAAACUUGAGAAACUGCAUAUACAGAGAGAUGAGUUUUAUCUCAAAGAUGUUUUUCUCCUGAAGAAGUAGUACACUCACCUAGUAAGAAUGUUAUAAAACAUUCUGAUACAAUCCUUUUCAAUUCAUUAAUUACAGUUAUGGAAAUUGAACAUGGCAGGAACUUUAGUCACCUGUUUAAUGCCUGCGGCAGUUGUCAGGAUUUUCCUUUGAUGUUGCUUCUGAAAUAUGAAAUCUGUUUACUUUGUGUGCUAGUGAGGAGACAUACAUUACCUUUUUGUCUAUUUGGCAAAGAAAGAAGUUGCAUAGUUUGAACAGACCAGAAGCUGUAGUAGGACUUCCAGGACACAGCCUACACUUUGCUAAAAUAAAUAUUACAUUGUACUAACUUGUUCAGCUUCUUGCAAGUCAGCAAUUCCUACAAAUAAUCUUAUCUAUUUGAAAUUUCCUUUAACAGUAGGAGUUGAUAUUAAUCAUUUAGCAAAUGAUGUUCAUUAUGCCUGUUUCACCUUUAGCCUGAAGAACUAAUGGUGAAGGCAUCAAUGACUCCCUGUGAAAGCUAAUAAUUAUUUUUAGAUAGAGUGGCCUUUAACUGGUGAAUAAAGAUUUUUUUUUUCUGUAGUAUAAUAGAAAUAAAUUCUUUUUAAUCUUUUAGUGAUAGAUAGAAAUAAGUCCUGAGGGAGAAGGUCUUUCUGUCUGACCCUACAUAAAUAAUUCUGUAGAGCUCAUCUAUUAUUAAAUAGCUCUGAUUUCAAGUUUAUACUGGGAUUGGCAAAUUUUACCAGAAAUGAAAAUGUUUGUGGAGAUAGGCUACAGGAAGUCAAGUAAUUUUUUGGUAAUAGCUCAGUAAGGGUAAUUUUAAUAAACUAUUUAUGCAAAUCCAAAAUUUCCCAAUAUCUAAAUAUCCAAAAUGAUACUUAAACUGAAGUAGAAUAGAUUAUAAAAUCUUCUUACAGUACUUAGAUGUAAAUUAUAAUCUCUAAACGAAUUUGUUAAAUGGUAUUUUUUUGUAACUCCCAAGACCAUGGUGUUUAAAUGCUCUGUCUCUCAUAUACAGGCUUACUUAAAAGUCGGGUUUAAUUUUUUUUUCUAAAAGUCAUUAUUUAGCCCUGAAGAUUGUAGGGAAGAGCUUUAAAAUGCAAUUUGUAACUGCUUAGAAGCCAGAAGGAAAGGAAAAAGAACUUUUCUUUAUUCCUUUCCCUCCACCCCCCACCCCAAAGUCUUAGUUUUAAAUUGGUCUCCUUGUUUUGGAGCCCUAGCUUAUGGUUUUUGAGCAGCUGGCAAUAAUGCAAAGUGCCCACCAAAAAAACCCAUUUCAAUUCUGAACAAUUUAAAGAGAUCACUUUAAUUAAGAGUCAAAAGAUAUGUUAAGCAAAGAAAAUCCCUGGUUCUUUUAAGUUCUCCCAGCACUGCUACUGAGUAAUUAAAAGAAGAAUCGUGAUGACCCUACAUUAGGUCAAAAUCCAGAUGAUUUUGUGUAAAGGAAAUGCUCCAUUAGAGAGGUCUCAGAGCCCCAAAUGUCUUGGAUUCAUAGUAGCAAUUUAUUAAGGGUAAGUGACGCUGGCUAGUUUUGUAUCCGUGACUGAAAUAAUUUAUGUUGCUCUUCAGCAACUUUGUUUACGAAAAGAAAGCAUUUCAGAAAUAAGAUCUGUAUUCAUCACUGCUAAUUUGCUGUAAUUUCUGUGCUUUUCCCUAAAGCCACAUUGCGUUUCCAUCACAAACAGCUACGUGUAUGAUCGUUAUAAUGCCUUUAAUAGCCAUAUUGUAGGUAGAAAUAAUUAACUUCUCAGGGACUAAUAGGAAAUAUGAAAAUGGAGUUAAUGAGCUGAAUGCCUAUCUGCAUGAAGGCUUACUUUGCAAACAUCACUCUAGAAACCUGAUUGUAAUAUGCAUGACCAUUAUGAAUGUUAUCAAUAUACAGUUAUGAGAGCUUCUUUUACCCUGUAUUAUUAGGCUGCUGAAUGUCAAAGUAUGUUGGAUAAGGAUAAAUGAAGGUUUUUCCCUGAUUUCGAUGGAGUGAUUAUUUCUAAUGGUGCUACCUUCUUAAUUCCUGUGUUUAUUCUUUGUAAAGUUCUCUUUGAAUAGGCUGGGUGAAACAGGGGAUACUGACGUAAUGAGAAAAUAGUGUCGUUCUUCUUAAGGAAGAGAAAAAAUUUGAAGGGGAGACGUAGUCUAGAAGCAAAAAAAUUUCACUGCUGGAAACAUGCAUUUAUUCUUCAUUAGUUACAGAUAUUCAUUUGUGUUGUUUUGUUGGUUACAGAAUUUUGCCAUUCAUUAAUUUUUGAACUUUCAUCUCUUUGCACACUGAUGUUUCAGUCGGUGUGGGCUGAAUUAGAGAGUAUUUUUUAAAAUUUAAAAACAUCUGAAUCCUUGCAUGAAACUUCAUUUGCUGACACUUGUGCUGGUGCGUGUAUCUCUACCACAUGACACCGGGGUAAUAUAUAUCCUUUAUAAACUACAUUUUACUGUUUUCAUGGAAGUUGUCCUUUUAAAAAAGAAUUCUGCUUUGUUUAGCUCAUUAAUAUUUCAUUAAGAUUUAUUUUCUUGAAAAAGGAUUCAUAAAUGCUUGGCUCCUCAGAAUACGACAGACCAUUAGGAACAAUUUAGUGAGGCAAAAGAUGAAACAUAGGAAUUAGGAGAAGCAACAGCCAAAAGCUUGAGUUUGGAGAUUAGGUUUGGAGUUCUCUGAGUACGAUGGAAAAUAGUUUUGAACUGAAUGAAUUGGCAUUGAAUAAUGCAAGUUAAGUAAAAGCUAGCAGACCAUUUCAGUAAUUAGGUAGACUGUGUUAACUUCUAUUUUUUUAUUUUAAUAAGUGUGUUAUUAAUUUAUUUUAGUUAUGCUCUAGUCGAUAGACAAUUCUAUUAUACAGAAUAAUAAUGCGGAAGGUAAGCUUCUUUUUAAACUCAGUGUCUCUUCAUUUGAAAUAGCCAGACCAAAACGGAAUUGCUGAUGAGAGCUGCACAGUAAGUGCAGAACAGGCUUUUCCUAAGCUGGAGCCUGUAAUGCAUGGCUAAUUGUUUCCAAAGAAAAUUCUUGACUUGUCCAGACAGCUCCUGUCAUGUGACAGUAUAUCUAAGGCCUACAAGUAGGAUCCAGUUAGUACAAUUCAAGUUCGUGUGAGUAAGAGAGACUUCUGUAGUUAGUUGUAGCUUUUAUGGAGAAGGGAACCAUUGACAAAUACUCACUUUUCGAAAGCAAAUAGUAGAUUUUAUGAUGUUUAUUGAAACAUACUUUUUUUGUUGCUAUUUUCUCCUAAUUUAUAACUUCUUCAUUGAAAGUUACUUUGCCUUGUGUUGAAAACUAGACUUAGUAGUCAGCUGAAGGUUUUUUUUUUGUUACAGUGUUUUACAUUUGUGAAUCCAUUUUUUAAGUCACAUUUAGAAUUUUUUCAGAAAGUCAGGUAUCCUGAUGCAAUAUAAUUGAUAUUUUUAGUGGCUCUAUGUUUAAAUUGAUUUCACUGUACUGAUGUAAACAUCUAAUUCAUCCACUCCAAGUGUUUAUCUCUGAUCCUUUUGUGCUUGCAACAGGCUUCCUGACUUGUUAGGAUAUGCAGUGUACCUACUGGUUAAUAUUGUCAAUGAACAGUUUGGUUCAGUGAGAUAACAAGGAAUACAGAGUAGUUCCUGAUUUGAAAAGCGUAACUUAGAUUCUUGUUUCCAUAAAGGAUGGAGUAUGGCAAUCAGAGUAGCAAAGUAAUUCCAAACAUAAAUUUGAAAGAGAAUAGUAAGCUGCAAAACGGUGCCUAAAUGUUGUGUGCUAAAUUAGACCUGUGUAAUUCAAGUUGCUUUAAAAAAAUUGGCAGAGAAUUGCAUCAGAUUGUGUGCACUUAGGAAAAACCUGUAAAAUAUAUAAAACCGCAAUGGUAAAUAAGUCAGAAAGGGUGUUGCCUUUCAAGAGGGCAAACUUAAACCCCAGUAUUCUGGAGUUAAAAAUCCAGUUAUGUUAAAAAUCCAUUUCAGGCAAAAAUUAUGUAAGCAAUAAUUUAACCUAGAACUGGAUAUUAAAGAAGCUGCUAUUUACAGAGAGACUUGAUGUUAAUUUUGCCUGUUGGGCGCAUCUCUCCUCUCAUAAAGAGUUUAGAAAGAUAGGGUUGCUGUGAUUUCCACUGUUGUAACAUUCCUCUUCAAAUAUUUUAAGUCUGGGUGAGAGACUGAAAGCUUACAAGACAGUACUGUGUUCACAGGGUGCAUUGCUUUGGGAGGAGAAGAUAGGAAGAAAAGGACUUUUUUUAAGGCUGCACAAUUGUAUAUAUGCGUAUUUAAGAGUAUUUAACCAUGUCUGCUAAAUUACUGAAGUUAAUCUAUUGUUGAAUUAUAGAAUAUUAUUUAAUGCAUCAGCGUUGUUUUUUCCUGACUUGACCCAGAAUUGGAAUGGACUCCAGUAUAAAUUUUUUUAAAGCAUUUCUUAAGUUGUAUGUAUUAUAAACUAAUAAAAUAAUUGUUAAUGUA